UCGAAGCCAAAUCAAUUUUCCGCCCAAGUGCAGUAACUCUGAUCGAUUAGCCAGUAACACGAUCCAUCGCAAGAAAGUUCUUCUGAGCGGACUCAUAAAGUGCGCAAGGUCGUCUCGGUCGGGACUGAUGGUUAUUUUUAAAUUUUCCGCAAACCAUAAUACGGUGUUUACUUGGUAAACAAUUUAAUAUUCAGUUGAAAAAGUGACUUUCGUGAAACCCGUCCAAAAUUUACUGAUGGGAAAGUUUCAUGAGUUUCUAGUCGAUUUGCGGCGAAGCUCACCGAAUCACUCCUGGGGAUUCAGUUUGGUCGGUGGAUCGGAUGUUAAAACACCCUUAAUCGUUACCAGAGUAGCGUUUGGAUCGCCAGCCCAAGGAGUCCUUCAGCGAGGCGACAUAAUCAGCAAAGUUGGAAACUACGAUUCGAGAGACAUCAGACACGAAGAUGCCCAAAAUCUCUUCCGAACUGCCGGCAACAACAUACGGGUGGUGGUGCAAAGAGAAACAGCCCCACGUCACAAUGCCAGCACUGGAUCUUCGAGAAACAGCUCCCACUACAGCCCCCUCUCGGUUUCCCCCAAUCUGUCGCCAAGGGGCGCGCCCCUCAGCCCUUUAGACUACAGUCCAGCAGGCUCCGCCCUCACUCCAGUCUACACAAAUCCUUUGACUCCAAUCGACAACAACUACUUUGAGGUAUACGAUGCCGACCCAAGAAGACGAGGUGGAGACUAUCAGAAUGGAGAUAUACAUGUUUCGAGACAGCCGUACCGAACCACACCCCUCGUACUUCCAGGGGCGAAAGUGAAAAAGGAUCAGGGGCCGACGGAGAGUUAUUUGCGCCAUCAUCCCAACCCAAGUGUGAGGGCGCCGCCCCAUCAUCUCGAACCGGGCCAUAAGAUUGCAAGCUCAGUUUUAGACAGGAUAAGUACUGGCGAUCCGAACAAGCAGUUAAUCCACAAGCAGUUUAACUCGCCCAUCAAUCUAUACAGCGAGCCAAAUGUUAUGGAUACUAUUCACAAGCAGACCGGAGUACAUGCUGUUCAGAAGCGCUCAGUGAAAUUUAAUCCAGCUGAGAGCGCCACUUAUCAGUACCUGCAAGAGGAGGAGUUGGGAGGCUAUGGGGGGCCGGCACAAGAGGUGACGGUACCGCCACAGAGCAAAAUUUACACCCCAACCAAGAAGCCAGCGAACGUAGUUAAUCAAUCGAAUCCGGCGUAUUUAACCGCAAUUAACAACGAUCCCGAAAUCAUCCAGCAAAGUGGAUCAUUUAGAAGGCUGAUGAUGUCCGUCUUGCCAGGCAGCAACUUUUAAAAAUCCCCAAACCGACUGCAACCAAGUCGAACUGUGCCAAUGCCGAAAGAACAACCGGACAACGGAUAAAUUCUAAAUAACCAUUUUCGAAAUCCAACAUGUAAGUUGUAACCGAAAUACGUAAUUGAGCCAUUUGAGAGUCAGAAAACUGUUUUGUGUUGACGUUACGAACUUCUGAGGGUCCGAAAAAACAUUAAUGAUUUCCUUUAAUACUAAUACAAACAACCUACUGUUAGUCUAGACUUAAGUGCAUCUGAGAUCACUACCGUAAUCCAGUAGUAAAAAUCACUCUUUAUGUUGUGACAUGUUUAGUUUAUUGAAUUUUAUUUUCGAUUUUCAAUUCGAGUGUGUUCUAGUCAAGCAAAGAGAGAAAAGCAUGUAUACAUAGCAAGUUAUCGAAAGGUCCUGCGUUGUUGGUUUUAAAAAUAUUCACGGUCGCUUUAUCAACUAUUUAGCUGUUAGUUGUUUAUCCCAUUAUCGGGCUAUGAUUAAUUUAUUAUGUAUUUGCUGUUAAUAUAUAGAAAGAACUACGUAGCAGGGGAAUGUUACAAGUCAUAUAUUUAUGUAAACAA